AUGGACGUUUAUUUUGAAAACCCUAACCCAUUUUCUGGAGUUAAUAGUAAUAUACCUCCUCCUCUUUCCUCUGAUUUCAUUAACUUAUCUGAUUAUCUCGAGCUUGAUGAUGAUCUUGUUGCUGCUAAUCAAGACUCUAAUUGGUCACUAAGUACAGAAACUCCUGAAUCAUCUGAUAGAGCAGGUUCCAUUAAUGAUAUUAAUGUCAUUAAUCAAGGGUUUAGUGAUGAGAUUGAAACCUCUAUCAACAACAACAAUAAUAACAUGAUCAUAAAACGCAAAGGUAGAGGGAUUAAUGAAAGUACAGUAGAAGUGAGUCCAAGGGUUACGUUUAGAACGAGAUCGCAGUUUGAGAUUAUGGAUGAUGGAUACAAAUGGAGGAAGUAUGGAAAGAAGUUUGUCAAGAAUAAUUCCAACCCAAGGAACUACUAUAAGUGUUCAGGUGAAGGAUGUGGUGUGAAGAAGAGGGUGGAAAGGGAUAGGGAAGAUACAAGCUAUGUGUUAACAAGUUAUGAUGGUGUCCACAAUCAUGAGAGUCCGUGCACUUCGUACUACACUCCACCAGCAAUGUCUUUGGUGUAUUCCAAUGAAUGGCAACUGCAGCAGCAGCCUUCUGCAAACUCAUCAUCUUCUAGUUAA